GGCUUUUCUUUUUGUGCUUUAAAUAUUGAAUUGUCUUCCCUAGUGCCCUUUUUACUGGAGAAUAUAAACUCUGAACAAUACUCUCCUCUUUCAUGUUCUGAAUGAUCCUGAAUUUGGGCUUUUAGGUGCAGAAUUUAUUACUGAAGUAACAAUGAGGUCCUCUUUUUGGCACUUUUUUUUUUACCACAGUAUGUACCCUUAAAAAAUGCUUUUUUCCCUUAACCUAUGAAAGAAGUGUAAAUUAUUUACCUCUCUGUUACACGUGCACUUCUUGCCCUUUGGAGAUAGAUUUCUGAAUUUGACACUAGACCGUGUUCCCUUACUUUUAAGCUUUUGAAACGUAUAAAUAAUAACCACUAUGUCUAAUUCACUAUUUUGCUCAAGGAGUAUGAUGAAAAGGUGCUUAUAAAAUUACCAGGGAAAGCAUAUACUCCUCCUCCAGAAAUACAGCUCAGUGAGACAGGAAGUAUCCAGGCCUAAGGUGUUGAUUUCUCUUUCUCUUCCUUCUUCAAUUCUUCUUCCAUUCCUCUUCCUGCUCCUCAUGUCCCAUCUCGUCCCACUCCCAUCCCCAAGUCUAUAAUCCUUCAAGGAAAUGCCCCUAAUUUCUGCAUUAACCUCUCUGUAGUAGUCAGUGUUUAAUUUCACUUUGCCAGUAAAAACUCUAUUCUGAAAUUCCAUUACCCUAAGAUCAGGCUGAACUGAUGCUUGGAGUGCUUGGGUGCUUUAGCCUCAGCUGAUUAGGACCUAACUUCUGCAUCAAAUUUCUCAUUGGGUGCAUUCACUCUUGCAGCAAGAAGGAUUUAAAUUGGACUAGCAUUCAUUUACCUUUCUAUCUGUGAUCAGUGAACAUAAUGGAAAAAUCUGAAGGUAGCCUUGAAGGCAAAGAGAAAUACAAACUUCCUGUAGGUUUCCAUCUUCUUGGCCACUGUAUAUUGGCUUUUGUGUUGGGAGAGCUAUUGUGUUCUGCUCUGAUGAGGCUUUUGUGAUGCUUAUAGAACUUUUAAUAGAAAUGUGAGGGUGGAUAAUGCCUGGUCUUUAUUAGUUCUUGUCACUCUGUGGCUUUGAAAGGCUUGUUAUCUGUAAUCACAAAAAGGAAAUGGCUACUGCUAUGUUUGGCCUUGCAGAAAUGCAGAAUGCAGCCCUUUUCCUGUGUAACUAUUGAAAACCAUUAUUAUAAGCUUUGGGAGGGAUAUAAAUCUAGACCCUAUUUGAACCCAAGAUUCAUAAAUUAAAAAAAUAGUAUAAAAUUAAAUUAUUUUAAUAUAGUGUAAAAACCAGUAGAAUUUGUAUGAACUUAUAUUUAUUCUUUCAAAAUUCCCUCCAAAUAAGCAACAGAUCCUACCAGGAAACCAUGCCUAAGUAUUAAGGACAGGAUAAAUCUCAGUAACAUGCAUACCUGGAAAUAAGGUUGGUUUGAUUGUAAGAGUAAAACUGGUUUUGGUUACGAUGGAAUUUGUGCCCCUGAUUUAACUGGAAGGUGACACAAACUUUCUAGAAAAUACCCACCUACAUCUUAGUUUACUGUCUCCCUCGAAAAUCACCCUAUUCAUCCUGACAUGACUUUAUCUGGGCCUAAAAAAUGGAUCCUAAAUGAUCCUGAAAUGCUGAACUGGAUUGAGAGCUGCAGUGAGUGGGACAUGCCCUUUCAAGAUGUAAAGACCAGAGAAGGAAAAACAAAAAAUCCUGUUAUCCACAGAGAUAACAGAAGUUGAUUGCUUGGCAGAUCAUCCAGCAGAGGAAGAAUUUAAAGAUCUGUGUCCCUGGGGAAGCCAGCAUAAGCCUGAAUGAAACUCCUGUGUGUGGCAGUAAAUUCAGGGUUUGAGUCCUUACAGCCAGUGACAAGAUCCCAAGAAGGUAAGCAGUAAAUAAUUUAUCCUGCUCUCAUGUGGGUGGAUUCUUCUGGUUGUUUUUUUUCUUUUUUUGCCUUGCAGUGAAGUUACACUGCUAUCUCUUGGUUUUCAUUUGUCUAUGCACACAAGAGAUUCCCAGCAGAGCUCUUUAAUGAUUUCCUAAACUUAAACCACAGCUUCUUACCGAGUCAGAUUUUCUCAUAAUAAUGGUUGCAUUUUAAUCUGUUGCAUGACUUAACUGUUAGACUUUUUUUUGAAGCUCACUCUUUUGAUAGAGCAUGAACCCUCCUGCAAUAAAAGGAAAAAGUACCUGAUGCACACUCUAAGUGCAUUUAUAUUAAGUAAGCUAAUUGAAACUGAAGGAUGUUGUCAUUGUCUUAAACUCUCCUAGGGCUACUUUAGUGGCAAUAAUCUGUUAUUUUAGUUAGAGGGCUUGAUCACUUGACUGUGUUACUCUGUUGUUCCACUGUAAUACUGUAAAGUUAUAUAUUCCAUUAAUUGAGCUAGUGCAGUGUUGAUUUCUCAAGGUUUGCAUACUUGUUAUUUGAUUGACAUAAUUAAUUUGGUUAUAUUGAUUAAAAAGAGAGGUGCAUCUUUUCACUAUUUGGUAUCCUGUUUUAAUUCAAUAUAGAACUCUUGGGUUUUGAUGUUAAUUUUUUAAUUUUAUUUUUCUAUCUUGAUGUAAGAAAGUAAACCUGACAGCCCAUUUGUCAUAUCUAGAAGCCAAUGUAUAAGAUAUGUAAUAAUGAAGUGAUACUCUAGAAAAGCAAACCCAGAGCUAAGUCUGAAACUGAGGUAAAGCAGGAGGCUAAAAAGGUGCCUUUUGUCUUCAUUGAGUUGUUUAGAUAUGUAUUUUUCCCAUGAUGAUGCAUCUUUUUUAAACAAAGUAGGAUACAAAUAUCGGGAUUUCAAUAACUAAAUAUUAAUAUUUUGACUUAAUAUAAACACCCACAAGAACUCAAACCAUGUUUUUGUUUUUUUUUUUCCCCUCCUAUUUCAAGAGGAGGUAGGUUCCUAAAGCAGGACAUAUGUAGGAUACAGGAGAACAGUGGAGAGCACACUGUCUGAUCUUGUAAUCAGUGUUUUUCCUAGUCCUGAUUGCCGUGAAAUCUUGUAAUGAAAUUUGUUACUUGUUGUAUUGAAUCUGAGGGAUUUACCAAAGCUGGGCUGUCUGAGGAGGUCUCACUUGCCUUAAAACAGAUGGGGCAGAUCCAUAUUUGGAUCUACUUAUCAAGAGAAACUUUGCUAUUUUGAUAUUUGGUUUUUCUUGGUGGUUGAAAUAGGAGAUUUUCCCCCCUCUUUUAAGCCCUAAGCACAUUGUCUUCCUGUGUUACUCAGCUCUGAUGCUGUUGAGAAUGUGUGUGCAGCUCACAGUGCUGCCUUCAGGCCUCCUGAGGCUUUUCCCAGAUAAAAAAGUUGUUCACUGCCCUGUUUGUGAGGAAAAAACCUCAGAGACAUGUCCAGUGCCGUUUGCUGGUGAAUAUGAAUCCAUAGGCUUCUCUGAGGAGGAGGAAUAACUGGGAUUGCACUGCACUGACAGACCCACUGCUGAAUGGACUUCAAAGUCCACUGCUUGUUCUGCAGGAGAAGGGAUUGCUUUGGCAUUGGCAUGAGAUAUCAGAAAGUGGAAAGAGAAGAGGAAAACCAUCUUGCUUUGCUCUCAGAGUUGUGCAUGCUUUGUGAAUGUGCUGCUUGCGUCUGAGGUCUCAAGCCAACACCUUUCAUGUCUUCACUUAAUGAAGCUUGGAAUCAACUCUGGAAGUGAAUAUUUUCCUGCACAGAGAGUUUACAUUUUCAGUAAGCAUGUCUGGGACACUGAACUGCUUUUUGUUGGUGGUAAGGGUUUUGAUUGCUUCAGUGACUUGCAGAGGCUGUGAACUGGCAGCUCCCAUUAUUCCCCUUCCACGAACCACUGGGCUCUGUGCGCCUCUGGAGUGACUGAACUCGUGCUUGUUUCCUGCAGUCUGAAGUUGAACCGUCUCCUGAGUCUUCUAAGAGUCUGAAAAUCACUGGGCCAUCAGGAAAGUCUAAGCCAAGUUAGUAAAAACCAACAAAAUCUUCUGGUCCUGGGUAGCUGACCCAUAACUGGAAGUUUGACACCAGAGAGUGCAAUGCGGACCCUUUUGGAACACCAACAGAGAGCUGAAAGAUAAGUGAAAAAUAUAUAUAAUAGUUAAAAUAACACAGAAGCCAACCAGACAUUUAACUUCUUGCAAGUACAGCCUACAGAGGAAUUUUUAUGCGGUAUGGAAAAGUGCAUAUAAAUGCUUGGGUGUAAUUUUCAAUCCCAUUUGCUGUCCUCCCCUGCCAACGAGAAGAUCACAGCAUACUCAAAAUAACUGAUUUAACUCACACAAACAUACAGGACACAAGCACACAGCUUACAAGGACCAAACAAUGUGGAAAAACCAGAAAUCCUUCCAUGGCUAAGAACACAUUCCAGCAUGCUGGAAAUCAUUUAUGCAUCUGCCACGAAAUACCUGGAAGAAGGAAAGAGCCUGAAUCAGAGCUGCCUUAUCAGGCACCAACAGAAUCACAAGUCGAGGCUCACGGCAUAAAAGAACCAACAAGAAAAACGAGACUGGAUUUGGAAAGGAGAUGGAAAUCUUGUACCUCUCACAAAACUCAGAAACCAUGGCAAAUGUCACGUCCUCACUGAAAAUUUCUUAAAAUAUAGGAAGUCAACUACUCAAGCAGUGCCUGCUAUCACUGCAGAAGACAUAAACAUAAAGAAUAUUUUCCUAAUUGCUGUGGGCCACUUCAGUAGGGUGAGUGUAGCAGGUGUGGCAUUGCCAAUUCCACAGAGAGGUUUACCUGGGGCAGAAGUUCUGAGGGUGGACUCUGGGCUGGAAAAGACAUGGACUGUGCUCAUGAUAUUCUGGAUAAUUGUGUAUGGCAAAGGUAUACUUUCUGGGACCUUCCUCCCAUGCAGGGAGGUUUUUUCCUUUCUUCUACUGCUCUCUGUACAAAGAAGGAUUUAAUGUGUUUUCUCCUCUGAAAUAUUUUCUGGCUCAUUUCUAGUCCAUCCUCUGUGCUCUUCAGCUUCCUCUGAGAAAGCUGAGACCACUCUCAGUGGGAUGAGCUUAAGGUGGGGAAUGCACAGGAAGCGGAAAUAAAGUUAGUACCAAACUCACUCUUGUAUAAACAGAAACCAAAAUAAGUUGUGACAUUUUACUCAACUCUGUGAUAUUUUGAAAGCUUAUUUUGUCUACAGCCUUUUAACACUCCUGUGUCUCUCUCCCCUUUUCCAAGUAUGGAUGUAAGUUUGCCUUUUCUGAAAGGACUUCUCUCUCACACCUUAAAAUUUGGUACCAAAUGUCAAGGGGAAGACGGUUACACCUGUAUCUCUUUCUGUGGUGACUAAGGCUUGUCUGAUGAGCACUGCUAAUCUCUGCCAUGUUUUUCAUACUUGCAAUGGUUUUGAGUGUCAAAGCAGACACACAGACCAAGUGAAAAUUUAUCUCCUUGUCACUUUGCAAGGGAUCUGAUUGUUUAUCAGUUCUGAAGGACUGCAAUGGCUGCUUCUGGGGGAGCCUUUCAAUCACAGGCAGCCUGAUUUUGGAUUCCUGUUGAAAUAAAUGUGUAAGUCACAUCUGACAGAACCAGCUGCUCUAAGGGCAUCCACAGCAAGCAGAAUAGAUUUCUUGCUAGGUGGGGGAAGGGGAGAGCAUUGUAUGAUGCUAUGUUUUGGGCUCCAGUGAGCCAGUUCGGACUGCAGAUAUUUUUAGCACCAUUCUUCAGCAGGCAGCACGCUGUACAACUGCACAUCAACAUGAUGCUUCUCCUCUAGGUUGGUGUAGCUAUGUUUCCACCUCCUGGCAGCUACAAGGAAUAGCUGUGGAGAGAUUAAGGAGAAUUUUUUUGUGUUGUUUUUGCAAGGCACUAGAAGAUGAAGUAGGAAUUUUAAAGAGGCAGUUCUCUUGAGCUCAGGAGGAUUUUUAACUCCUUGGCAUUCAGUAUUCUAAGCUGUGCAUAAGCAUAGAAGCUGCUCCCAAAUAUCCUGCUUUGCAACAACUGUGAAUAUGAGUCCUUGAGCUGAAGGGUCAUAAAAACAAGGUGCUUGCAGCAGGUCUGUGAGUAAUGAGACACCAGACAGACAUUUUACAUCGAGGGAAGGAGCAUCAGUGUAUAUCCAUGGUAACUGGAGACACAAACACACCUAGUGAAAUUCCAGCUCCAAAUACCUGUGCAUUCUGUCUAUUAAGAACAACAGUUGUUACAGAGGCACAUGCUGUUAUGGAAGACACAUAGUCAAGACAAUGAAUACUGUGAUGUGAGUAGCCUUGAGUAACAAGAAAAUGCUAAUUUUUUGUCAAAAAUGAGUGUUUUAGGUGGCUCAAAGAAUCAAAGGAAUUGGCAAAAAGCAGGUUUAAUAUUAAAGUGAAAGCGCGGCAAAAUGCAUUGGCAAGGCUCACUCUACUGCUUACUUAGAUGGUUAAAGCACAGAAAAAAAUCAUUCUAAAAUGUAAAAUCAAUCAAUCUAAAAGUAAAAUCAACCACAAAUUAUCAACACUGAGGCUGGGGAAGGAAAAAAGGGUAAAGGUGGGAAAAGAUAAGGAUAAAAAUGAAUAAGGAAGGCCCUCCCAAUGUUUAAAGAGGUCUGCCUUGCCAGACUUAGGCCCGGACUAGGCCAAUGACUUAGGCCUAAACUCAGGGUGUUAUUUGGGCAAGGAAAAUAAAUUUCCAAAGCUGCUUAUUAAAAACCAAAAGCUUGUUAGACAGCACCAGUUCCUGGGAGCAGACAGUGUUUCUGAUAAGCUCAGGAGAAUCUCAGCCCAGAUGCAGUUCAUCAAGGCCUAAUGAGAAUUUUUAAAUCAUACUGUGGCCCGAGGAGUUCUGUGGGUGCCCUUCAGUAGUGAGAAAAGAGUGAUUUUCCCCAGUAAAAAUCUCUUGCACAAGUCAGUAUGUCCUCUCCUUGUCUUUGACAAUGGUAGGGCCAGAGCUGGGUUUUCUUUCAGGACCUGCUCAGAAAUCUAUAGCGCCUGUUUCUUGUCCCAUGCCAGGGCCAUGCCAUCUCUCUGUUUCACAGGGAGAAUGAAAGUUCUUUAUCCAUAUCAGAACUGCCCUGUGUAAACAUACAAAAGACAACUUUGAGUAGAUUGUACAAUACAUGUUUCUAGAGCCUAUAGAGAAAUAUAGACUGUUAGUCCAAAGCUUCCAGAUCAAAAUGUCAUUUUCAGUGAAAAUGGAUUUUCAGUCUAACUGUCCAGGUAUGCAUUCAGCCAGGAUCCCUCAGCCCAUAUGUUCCUUGUUACUACUUUGGAGAAGUUUUGCAGCACACAUACAUAACCCUGAUGGAGUAGAGGUGCUGGACUCACUGAAUCUGGACUUUGAGUGAGAUUGUUUCCUUCAUUGUUCAGUUGCAGGUACCCCCCAUGUAGAAUGCCAUCAGUGGUCCACAGGUCAUCUUCUUUUAUGUGAAGAAUUGCCUUAUUUGGGAAAGAUCACCCUCUUCAAAGAGAGGUUUGUUGGAAGCCUGUAUGGUUCAAAGUUGCCUCUAGUUUAUCCCUUCGGGUGCAUAUUUAAAAUCAUUUUGCCAGAGACUCUAUCAUUACAAAAGCCAUAAACUAGCUCUGACAACCCCGUGGAAGCAAUGUGCAGAACUCGGAUUUCUAGUGAUGGAGACUUUGCAAACAAGCCAAUCAACUUUUCCUCCCGUCUCAGAGGGCUGUGAGUGCAGCAGCUCCAAGUGUGUGCAAAAAGUUGUACCUCUAUAUAAGGAUUUAAAAGAAUAUUCAUGUAUGUAGCAAUACACACAGACAUGGCCACAGCACAGACACUUUUAGCAAAUUAAGACAUGUUUUUUUCAUGUAUUUUAAGUGAGCCCUAGCCAUGCACAAACACAGCUAUAUGGCUGUAGCCUACGUAUGUACAUAGCCUAUAAAGGCCUGAGGGCAGGGUGACAAAAAGCCUGUGGUGUGUGGCAUGAAUGCAUUCAGCAAACUCCUUGUAGUGAGGAGCUAGAAGCUUCCUGAGUCUCUGUCUGACACUUCUGCAUUCUGUGUGCUAGUUGAUUUUUUUUUUUUUGAAUCUUUUUCUUUCAUUUUUGUUGUAGUGCGCGCCUCAGCUUUUCACACAGUGCCUCUGGACAUUGAAUCAGAAGCCAAUGAUAUGUUCUCCCACCCUGGAGAAGCUCUGCCACCCCAUCCUCGGGAGCUUCCCCUCUGGGCUGUACUUUAAGCCACUCUGGGAAGAUGAGAAAAUUAAGAUCUUUUAUCAGCAAUGCCCACAGUCCCAUGACAGUAUUUGUGAGCGAUGACCUGAAUUUAUACUGUGUUUUUCACCUGCAGACCACUGGUCUACAAAAUGUGGGGGGGAAGUUUGUUUAGCAGAAACCUGAAUAAAGACAUGUUAUAGGAGUCCUCCCAGCAACUCCACUCUCCUGCAUCGUCCUGCCUCAAAUGGAGCUUAAAAUCCGCCAGAAGCGCCGGUAACCAGAAGAGAAAUGAGGUGAGAAGUUUUACUGGAAGCCACCAGGGAGAAUUGUUCUACACCACUGACACAGAGCUAUAGGUGCUAAAUGGCUCAUGAGAAAGGGAGACUAUGACAGCAAAGAAAUCCAUAUGGUGAGGAAGGAAAAAGGACAGGCAUCCCCUUUGGUGUAUUACAUCCCACCAAAAGACUGUAGGCAGUGAUAAAUGGCAACCUGACCCUGGUGUCAUGACUUCAGUUGGCAUUUGAGAGGUGGGAUGUGUAGUUUUUUCCAAUAUAGAUGUGGGUUUCUAUUUUAGGUAUGUUUCGUUAUACAACCAAUUUAUUCCACUUUUUUAAAAAAAAAACACAGAAAGGGAAAUGAAAGAAAACUAUUCCUUCUUUGCCAUACAAUAGCAGUAUCUAUUUCAUAUUUGUAAGCAUUGAUCUAGCUGCUCUAUAAACACAGGGGACAAUUUUUCCCCUUCCUUAAAUAUAUAAAUAAGUAAAAUACAUUUCUUCCAUGUGAUGACUCCAAUGACCAUGGAGAAUGUAGCUCCUUGAGGCUGGAGAAGCUGUCUCCCAGCUGAUGGGGGCUCCUGGGGCUUCUUGCAAGAUCUUCACAGCUGUCCAUGGAAUGGGGAAGCUGUAGGUUUCAGAGAAAAUUAUGUUCCCUGACGUGUGAAGGAGAAGUGAAGAGCUGAAGGAGAGAGGUCUGCCUCAGCACUCCUUGGGAUGAAUCCGGAUGGGAGCGGUGCCAUUCCCCGGCUGGAAGAGUGACAUGCACAUCGUGCCAGCCACCGCCACUGAGGCUCGCGCUGAUUCCUUCUGCUGAAGAUGGCUCUGAACUGGUCAGUUCUGGCUGUGCUCCUUUUCUUGCCAAUCAAUCUGGUUGAAGUUUAUGCAGCUCACAACAGGGUGAGUGUAGAGGCUGGCCAUGAAGCUGUGCUGAGUUGCCCCAACACCCCCAAUGCAUCUUUGCUGCUGGUGAUAUGGAAGAGGAAUUGCAGCAGUUGCUGCCUGCUGUCUUAUAGAAGGGAUCACAAUGAGAUAAGCAGGCUGAACUGCAGUGAGAGGAUCACCUGGAAAUAUUCACCUGCCAGUGACCCUGCGCUUCGUAUUUACCCUGUGAACCUCGGGGAUGAGGGAAAUUACACCUGUGAAACUGUCAGCAGUGAAGGGAAUCAUAAUUUUCUCUUUUCUCUGACUGUGAUAGUCCCUCCUAUGGUGACUCUGACCCAUGACAAGAGCAGGGUGGCUGUUUGUCAGGCAUCUGCAGGAAAGCCACCUGCUGACAUCUCCUGGAUCCCUGCAAGCGAUCACAGCUCUGAGGAAGAAUUCCACCACCCCAAUGGAACAGUGACCAGAGUGAGCUACUUUGGCUGGGCCCACAGCUCAUUUCCCUCUGUCACCUGCCUGGUCACCUACCCAACCAAGAACCAGACUCUGGUCAUGGACCUGAGAUACACUGGCCAUAGGCUUCUCUACAUCCUGGUUGGAGCAGCUACAGGUGUCAGCGCUGUCACUGGUGUGGUUUUAUGCUUGAUUUUAAGGUGCAGAGCUUGCUGGUUACGUAAACAGGCACCUGGCCCGGCAGAACACUCUACAACUAAAACCUGCAAGUUCCCACCUUCACGUGCAAGAAGAGAAGCAGCCAAGCCUCCUGACUUUUCAGAGAAAAUCUAUCAGAACUACAACCCAAGAUCUGUUUAUGUAUACUUAUAAUAGUGUAGGCACAAGUAGCCAGCUCAGCUACUAAUGAUACUCAGCUACUUGAACUUCAACUCUUGAGCCUCUGACCUUACUCACAAAAGCCUUUGUCUUUCCUGACCUGACAAUGGUGGGGCAGAAAGACCCAUUUUAGUAAGUUUUUUUCUUGUUCUCUAAAUAUCAGUACAGCUCUAGAAAAAGUUAGAACUUUUAAAGAUUGAAUUAGGGAAAUACCUUAAUUUUCUUUGAAAGUGAACUCUGAUGUAUGUGCUGCCUUUCCUCAAAACUAUAAUGGACAUAUGCGGUGCCAGAGUAAAAGACUGCUGGUGAAAAUACAGCACUUUUCCUUCCUUUUUGGCAACUGGAUUCUCUUUAAAGUUCUGUGUGACAUGGGGCACCUCAAAACACAGGUCAAAGCAAUAUAUCCAACAGAAAUGCAGAAAUAAGAAAUUUUUAGGGUUCUUUUUUGGUUGUUUUGUUUUCUGGGUAGAUGGUUGUACCUGACACAUGAUGAGCUAGUAUUUGACAUCUUUGUCUAUUUUUGAAUUUUUAAUGUAUUUCUUUUGCAAUUAAUUUUUCUGUUUGCAUUGAUAAUUGAUGGAAAAUAAAACCAAUUUGAUAUUAUACUGGAUAUGGAAAUGAGAAACAGCAAUGGAUAAUAUCUGGACACUCUUUAAAGUAAAUGCACAAAAAUACAAAUGUUUACCUCAA